GCCAAUAUGGUGAUCAUAAGUAAUUUCAUCAAGACGUGCUUCAACAACAAUGAACAAAAUGAAGAGCCUUGGAUUUUAUCCCUCCCUCUUUGAAGGAGCCAUCACCAGUGGAGAAUUAACACAUCAAUGCUUGCAAAGGAGAGAUGAUCCUUGGUUUGCAGCACUAGGAAGGUCUUGCAUUCAUAUAACCUGGAGUGACAGGGGUGCUAUCUCUCUUGAGGAUUUAAGCUUAAAAGUUGUGGAGAAUGUUGAAGAAGCUGAGUUUGUUUUGGUCCAUAGAACUGAAGCCUUGGGGCUUCCUUCUGGUAACAUCUGUACAGUGAGUCUUGAGGAUCUUGAGAAAAUAUUGGAGCAAUGCGCUUCUAAAAGGAUUCCUAUGAUUGUAGCUAAUCCAGACUCUGUGACCAUUGAGGCUAGUACAUUGGCUGCUAAAUAUGAAAAGCUUGGGGUUGAAGUGAAAUGGAUGGGGAAGCCUGAUAAGGUGAUUCCCUUCAUCAUGAUAUUAAGGGUGCAAAUGAGGCUGGAAUUGCUUCAGCAUUUAUCACUGGAGGGAUCCAUGCAACGGAGCUUGGACUCAGUAGUUUUGGGCAAGUUGCAGAUUUAUCUUCUUUACAGGCACUUGCAGCCAAAUAUGAUGCACAUCCAACAUAUGUGUUGCCAGUAUUUGCAUGGUAGAGGCGCACCAGGUUCGGCUUUGAAUUCAGAGACAAAUGAGCACGUGGCAAUAAAAAAGAUAACAAAUGCAUUUGAUAACAAGAUUGAUGCAAAGAGAACACUUUGUGAGAUAAAGCUUUUUCGACACAUGGAUCAUGAAAACGUCAGCAGCAGUGUUGUACUUAAGGGAAUAGCAUUAUUGAAUUCUGAUUUUGAGUUCAUUAAUAUACUUUGGCAGUUGAAUAACUCCAGAGCUGCUAAUAAGCUGUUCCCAGAAGGCUGCUUAUACAUUUAUGUUGUUGCAAUCAGAGGUAUGAUACCACCAGCACAGAGGGAAGCUUUUAAUGAUGUUUAUAUAGCGUAUGAACUUAUGGAUACUGACCUGCAUCAAAUAAUCUGAUCAAAUCAAGCUUUAUCAGAAGAGCAUUGUCAGGUCAAUAUUUAGACAUACAAUUAUUUUUUAUGGUACAGCCAUAGUCAUUAACUAGAGGCUACACCCACACUACAUGUUGGCCUUUUAUUUAAUAAAUCAAUUUGUAGGGC